AGCUGGUGCGGAUCAGCUCGUGCCAGCCAGUCGCGUCUCAGCCUGGGAGCGUGUGCGCCCGCGGCCUGGGCUCGGCGGCAGCGGCGUCCAGCCACCUCCCGAGAACAGUCCCUGCCUUGUGCCCAGAACACCGUUAGCUGAGGGCGCGGCUGAGGCCGAUCGGCUCGUUCUCUUCUAAAAGCAGAGAGCGACCUUGUUCUUUUACCCGGCACCAGCGCCAAGAGGAGCUGGGGAGGAGGAAGAGACUCGGGCUUUUUGCGCUGGAGACUCCUGGGCAAGGCUUGGCAUCUUCCCGGGCUGCGGCCACCCCGGGGUGACCGGCAACCCGAGAGCGAGGAGAGCGCUUGAAUCAUGGAGCAGACCUGGGCCAGACAUUAUUUCGGAGAAGAUGAUGGAGAGAUGGUACCCAGAACAGGCAGUGCAGCAGCUUUUCUCAGUGACACUAAAGAUCGAGGUCCUCCGGUUCAGUCACAGACCUGGAGAAGUGCCGAGAAGAUCCCCUUUGGGCAGGCACACUCCCUGAGAGCGUUUGAGAAGCCCCCUCUGGUGCAGACCCAGGCUCUUCGAGACUUUGAGAAGCACCUCAAUGACUUGAAGAAGGAGAACUUCAGCCUCAAGCUGCGCAUCUACUUCCUGGAGGAGCGCAUGCAACGGAAGUAUGAAGUCAGCCGCGAGGACGUCUACAAGCGGAACAUCGAGCUGAAGGUUGAAGUGGAGAGCCUGAAACGAGAGCUCCAGGACAGGAAACAGCAUCCUGAGAAAACAUGGGCCGACGUGGAGGAUCUCAACAGCCAGAAUGAGGCAGAGCUCCGGCGCCAGGUUGAAGAAGAACAGCAGGAGACAGAACACGUCUAUGAGCUCUUAGAGAACAAGAUCCAACUGCUGCAGGAGGAAUCCAGGCUUGCAAAGAAUGAAGCCACACAGAUGGAGACUGCGGUGGAGGCAGAGAAGGGGUGUAAUCUGGAGCUCUCGGAGAGGCAGAAGGAUGCCGCCAAGAACAGGGAAGAUGUAUCGGGAGACCAGGUGAAGCCCGACCAACAUUCAGAGGCACUGGCUCAGAGGGACAGGAGAAUUGAAGAGCUGAAGCAGAGCUUGGCUGCCCAGGAGAGGCUUGUGGAACAGCUGUCUCAUGAGAAACAACAACUGUUACAUCUGCUGGAGAGACCGGGCAGCAUGGAGGUGCAGCCUGUGCCUAAAGGGUUACCCACACAACAGAAGCUGGACUUAAACGAGACUCCGUCAACGCAGUCAUCUGUGUCUGACUCCCAACUGGCAGAACUCCAGGACAAGAUCCAGCAAACAGAGGCCACCAACAAGAUUCUUCAAGAGAAACUGAAUGACAUGAGCUAUGAGCUAAAAUCUGCGCAGGAGUCAUCUCAGAAGCAAGAGACGACAAUCCAAAGCCUCAAGGAAAUGCUGAAAAGCAGGGAAAGUGAGACUGAGGAGCUGUACCAGGUGAUUGAAGGUCAAAAUGACACAAUGGCAAAGCUUCGGGAAAUGCUGCACCAGAGCCAGCUCGGACAGCUCCACAGCUCAGAGGGCAUUGCCCCCGCUCAGCAACAAGUGGCCCUGCUUGACCUUCAGAGCGCUCUAUUCUGCAGCCAGCUUGAAAUACAGAAGCUCCAGAGGCUGGUGCGCCAGAGAGAACGCCAGCUGGCUGACGGCAAGCGAUGCGUGCAGUUUGUGGAGGCUGCAGCCCAGGAGAGAGAGCAACAGAAGGAAGCAGCUUGGAAACACAACCAGGAAUUACGAAAAGCUUUACAACACCUCCAAGGAGAACUGCACAGUAAGAGCCAACAGCUCCAUGUUCUGGAGGCAGAAAAAUACAAUGAGAUUCGAACCCAGGGACAAAACAUUCAACACCUAAGUCACAGUCUGAGCCACAAAGAAAAGCUAAUUCAGGAACUUCAGGAGCUCCUACAGUAUCGAGAUAACGCAGACAAAACUCUAGACACAAAUGAGGUGUUUCUUGAGAAACUGCGGCAACGAAUACAAGACCGAGCUGUCGCUCUGGAGCGGGUUAUAGAUGAAAAGUUCUCCGCUCUGGAAGAAAAGGACAAGGAGCUGCGGCAGCUUCGCCUUGCUGUGAGAGACCGAGACCAUGACUUAGAGAGACUGCGGUGUGUCCUGUCCGCCAAUGAAGCUACCAUGCAAAGUAUGGAGAGUCUCCUGAGGGCCAGAGGCCUGGAAGUGGAGCAGUUAACUGCCACCUGUCAAAACCUCCAGUGGAUGAAAGAAGAACUGGAAACCAAACUCGGCCACUGGCAGAAGGAGCAGGAGAGCAUUGUUCAGCAGUUGCAGACAUCUCUGCACGACAGGAACAAAGAAGUGGAGGAUCUCAGCGCAACUUUGCUCCGUAAACUUGGACCGGGCCAGAGUGAAGUAGCUGAGGACCUGUGCCAGCGCCUGCAGCAAAAGGAAAGGAUGCUGCAGGACCUCCUGAGUGAUAGGAACAAACAAACCGUGGAGCAUGAGAUGGAGAUCCAGGGGCUGCUCCAGUCGAUGGGCACCAGGGAGCAGGAAAGACAGGCUGCUGCAGAAAAAAUGGUACAGGCCUUCAUGGAAAGAAACUCAGAAUUGCAGGCCCUGCGCCAGUAUUUAGCGGGGAAAGAACUAAUGGCGUCAUCUCAGGCAUUCAUCUCUAACCAGCCAGCUGGAGUGGCGUCCGUCAGCCCCCACCGUGGAGAACCAACUGAUCAAGGUUCUAUGCAGAUGCCCUCUCGAGACGAUAGCACCUCGCUGACUGCCAGAGAGGAGGCCAGCAUACCCCGGUCCACAUUAGGAGACUCGGACACGGUUGCAGGGCUGGAGAAAGAACUGAGCAACGCCAAGGAGGAGCUCGAACUCAUGGCCAGAAAAGAAAGAGAAAGCCAGAUUGAACUGUCUGCCCUGCAGUCCAUGAUGGCCGUGCAAGAGGAAGAGCUGCAGGUGCAGGCUGCUGACUUGGAGUCCCUGACCAGGAACAUCCAGAUAAAAGAAGACCUCAUAAAGGACCUGCAAAUGCAACUGGUCGACCCUGAAGAUAUACCAGCCAUGGAGCGCCUGACCCAAGAGGUCUUACUUCUUCGGGAAAAAGUUGCUUCAGUUGAAUCCCAGGGUCAGGAAGUAUCAGGGAAUAAGAGACAACAGCUGCUGCUGCUGCUAGAAGGACUGGUGGAUGACCGGAGCCGGCUGAACGAGGCGCUGCAGGCUGAGAGGCAGCUCUACAGCAGCCUGGUCAAGUCCCACGCCCAGCCCGAGAUCUCUGAGAGAGACCGAACUCUGCAGGUGGAACUGGAAGGGGCCCAGGUGUUACGCAGUCGGCUGGAAGAAGUUCUUGGAAGAAGCCUGGAGCACUUAAGCAGGCUGGAGACCCUGGCCGCCAUUGGAGGUGCUGCUGCAGGGGAUGAGACGGAAGAUACGAGCACGGAGUUCACAGACAGCAUUGAAGAGGAGGCUGCACACAACAGCCACCAGCAACUCAUCAAGGUAGCUUUGGAGAAGAGCCUGGCGACUAUGGAGACCCAAAACAUAUGUCUUCAGCCCCCUUCCCCAGUAGGAGAGGACAGUAACAGGUGUCUUCAGGAGGAAAUGCUCCACCUGAGGGCUGAAAUCCACCAGCACUUAGAGGAGAAGAGAAAAGCUGAGGCGGAACUCAAGGAGCUAAAGGCUCAAAUUGAGGAAGCAGGAUUCUCCUCUGUGUCCCACAUCAGGAACACCAUGCUGAGCCUUUGCCUUGAGAACGCAGAGUUGAAGGAGCAGAUGGGAGAAGCAAUGUCUGAUGGGUGGGAGGUCGAGGAGGACAAGGAGAAGGGUGAGGUGAUGCUGGAGACUGCGGUCGACAAAGAGUGUGUGAAUGAGAACAGCCUUCAGGCUGAGUUCAGGAAAGUCCAGGGGAAACUCAAGAGUGCCUACAACAUCAUCAACCUCCUCAAAGAACAGCUGGUCCUCAGCAGCUCGGACGGGAACAACAGUAAAGACAUGCCAGAGCUCCUCGUGCGCCUGGCCAGGGAGGUGGACAGAAUGAACACAGGCCUGCCUUCCUCGGGGAAGCGUCAGCACCAGGAAGAGCAGGGGAAUAUGACCACAAGGCUUGGUCCCAGACCCCAAAGCCUCUCGCUCGGGGCAGCCCUCCCAGGGGAUAGCUACCAACUGGACAACAAGUCCCAGGCCCCGGACUCUGGAUGUCACCCAGAGUUUAGCCUACCAGGUUCUACCAAACACCUGCGUUCCCAGCUGGCUCAGUGCAGACAACGAUACCAAGAUCUCCAGGAGAAGUUGCUCAUCUCAGAAGCCACCGUGUUUGCCCAGGCAAACCAGCUGGAGAAGUACAGGGCCGUAUUCAGUGAACCCCUGGUGAAACAGGACAGCAAGCAGAUCCAGGUGGACCUUCAGGACCUGGGCUACGAGACUUGUGGCCGAAGCGAGAAUGAGGCUGAGCGAGAGGAGACCACCAGCCCCGAGUGUGAGGAACACAAUAACCUGAGGCCUGUGGUGCUCGUGGAGGGGCUGUGCUCUGAGCAGGGGUACCUGGACCCUGACUUGGUCAGCCCACCUGUGAAGAAGCCCUUAGAGAGCAAGCUGGGGAAGCAAGAGGAGUUCCAGGCACAAGGAACUUCGGACAACAGUUCUCUCCUGAGGAAGGACAUCCGAGAUCUGAAAGCCCAGCUCCACAAUGCCAACAAGGUCAUUCAGAACCUGAGGAGCCGAGUCCGGUCCCUGUCUGCCACAAGUGAUUACUCAUCGAGUCUGGAGAGACCCCGCAAGCUGAGAGCGGUGGCGACCCUUGAGGGAGCUUCACCCCACAGCGUCACUGAUGAAGAUGAGGGGUGGCUGUCGGACGGCACCGGGGCUUUUUACCCUCCAGGGCUCCAGGCCAAAAAGGAUCUAGAGAAUCUGAUCCAGAGAGUAUCCCAGCUGGAGGCCCAGCUCCCCAAAACUGGACUAGAGGGGAAGCUGGCCGAGGAGCUGAGGUCUGCCUCGUGGCCUGGAAAAUACGAUUCCUUGAUCCAGGAUCAGGCCCGAGAACUAUCAUAUCUGCGUCAAAAAAUACGAGAAGGGAGAGGGAUAUGUUACCUUCUCACCCAACAUGCAAAAGAUACAGUAAAGUCCUUUGAGGAUCUCCUAAGGAGCAACGACAUUGACUACUACCUGGGCCAGAGCUUCCGGGAGCAACUAGCCCAGGGCGGGCAGCUGACUGAGAGGCUGACCAGCAAACUCAGCACAAAGGAUCAUAAGAGUGAGAAAGAAGAAGCUGGGCUUGAGCCGCUGGCCCUCAGGCUCAGCAGGGAACUACAGGAGAAAGAGAAAGUGAUUGAAGUCCUGCAGGCCAAGCUGGAUACCCGGUCUCUCUCACCCCCCAGCAGCCACGCUGUGUCUGACUCCCACCGCUCUGCCAGCAGCACGUCCUUCCUGUCCGAUGACAUAGAAGCCUGCUCUGACAUGGACGUAGCCAGCGAGUACACACACUACGAAGACAAGAAACCCUCACCCAGUCACUCAGGUGUGAGCAUUGCCCCUCCCGCCUCCACAUCCACCCUGCUCAGCAACCGCACGGAAGCUAGCUCUCCCCACUAUGUCAACCAUGCUCAGACCCACUCUCCGACAAGGGGCGCCAUAGAGCUGGGCCGAAUCCUGGAGCCUGGAUACCUGGGGGGCAGCGGCCAGUGGGACAUGAGGCCUCAGAAAGGGAGCGUCUCUGGGGAGCUGUCCUCGGGUUCCUCAAUGUACCAGCUUAACUCCAAACCCACAGGGGCUGACCUGUUGGAAGAGCAUUUAGGUGAGAUCCGGAACCUGCGCCAGCGCCUGGAGGAGUCCAUCUGUGUCAAUGACCGUCUCCGGGAGCAGCUGCAGCACAGGCUCAGCUCAACUGCUCGGGAAACCGGUUCCACCUCUCACUUCUACAGCCAGGGCCUGGAGUCCAUUCCUCAGCUCUACAAUGAGAACAGAGCCCUAAGGGAAGAAAACCAAAGUCUGCAGACACGGCUCAGCCAUGCUUCCAGAGGACACUCCCAGGAAAUGGACCACCUGCGGGAGGCUCUGCUCUCCUCAAGAUCCCAGCUUCAGGAGCUGGAGAAGGAGCUGGAGCAGCAGAAGGCUGAGCGGCAGCAGCUUCUGGAAGACUUGCAGGAGAAACAGGAUGAGAUCCAGCAUUUCAGAGAGGAGAGGCUGUCCCUCCAGGAAAACAACUCCAGGCUGCAGCACAAGCUGGCCCUCCUGCAACAACAGUGUGAAGAGAAACAGCAGCUCUCCCUGUCCCUGCAGUCAGAGCUCCAGAUCUACGAGUCCCUCUGUGAAAAUCCCAAGAAGGCCAUGAAAGCUUUCAGCCUAGAUUCCUGUCACCAAGCCCCGGGUGAGUUAAGCUGCCUGGUGGCAGAGAUUCGUGCUCUGAGAGGGCAGUUGGAGCAGAGCAUCCAGGUGAACAACCGUCUGCGGCUGCAGCUGGAACAGCAGAUGGAGCAGGAUGCUGGCAAGGCCAGUCUCAGCCCCUCCCCUGCUGGCCAGAGUUUCUCAGCCAAGGUGGAGCCCGCAAACCCUCAGCCAUUCUUCCAAGGUUCAGCCGCUUCCCCUCCAGUGCGGGACAUUGGCUUGAAUUCUCCAGCCAUGGUUGUCCCCAGCUCUCUGUGCUCGGACCCUGCCAUCAUCACCAGGACAAACAACGGGCUAGGGUCAGAUGAUUCUGCAGCGAUGAAGAACCCUCCCGAGCUGGAGGUCGAUGCUACUGAUGGCUCAUUCGCCAACAAACACGGCAGACAUGUUGUCGGCCAUGUUGUUGACUACGAUGCUCUACAACAGCAGAUUGGGGAAGGCAAGCUGCUGGUCCAAAAGAUACUGUCUCUCACGAGGCCAGCAUGCAGCAUCCUGGGACUAGACUCUCAGGGCGCAGAGGCACCAGGUAACAAGAGUGCCCAUGAGCUUCGGAACAGCGCCAGGGCUCUGAACCACACCCUAGAAGAGUCAGCGUCCCUCCUCACCAAGUUCUGGAGGGCAGCCUUGCCAAACUCUCAUGGUCCUGUACUGGUAGGCAAAGAGGGACAACUGAUGGAGAAAGAGCUCCUGGACUUGCGAGCACAAGUAUCCCAACAGGAACAGCUCCUUGAAAGCACUGCUGCGCGUCUGAAGAAGGCCAACCAGAGGAAGAAAAGCAUGGAGCAAUUCAUCGUGAGCCAUUUGACCAGGACCCAUGAUGUCUUGAAGAAAGCACGGACUAAUUUAGAGGAGCCACGUAAGGGGCGGAGCCAGCGGUCCUUAAAGGAGCAGGAAGGGUGGGCCUGCCCGCCUCUUGUGCUGCUGCCCAUCUGCUGAGGAAUCCCUGGUCCACUCCUCCCCUGCUGGAAGUCCACAAAAGGGCUGAGACGUGCCCACAUGGGACAGGCGGGAAGGAAAGUGGCAUCCUGGCAAGCAAUGAAUACAAUUAGCCAAGGCCCACUGGGCCCAGCACUAAGCAAAACUCAUGUAGACUGUGUAGAAGGCCUGGGGCACUCACUGCUUCUAGACAGCUCAGCAUGGUGCCCACCUCGUUCUAGUUCUCAACUCAGCAUCUGUCCUCAAGAUAGCCAACUCAGGGGAACUAGGACCUCACCGCCCACAAACAGGACGUGUGGUCCGGACGCCAACGCUCCUCAGACAGUUGUAAAAGCACACAGCAUUGAGUGGCACUACCCCGCUGGACAUUGUUGGGGCUCACCAAACUCCUCACAGACCUGCUCUUGAGCCGGGCCAGCCUUGUGGGUCAAGCCCGGUAGUACGUUGGUCUCUACCACCGCACCAGAGGUCUUUGAGUCAACACCCCGAAAGAACUUGAACGCGGUAACUUCUCGGUGCCCUGCGCUUAGCCUAGCACCUUCUGUUUCUUACGUGAUCUCAAGUUGAACCGACUUCCUUAACUCUGCUGUCCCCUGUAAUCCUAACUUCCCUCGGGAACUGGGGACUGGUGGCCACAUCAUGCCUAUUGAAUGUCUAACGUAGAGAACGCCUGUGCCUCUUUUAAUAGCAUGGGCAAGGCCUGUUCUGUACUGGAGACUCUGUGUCUCCACAGUGCUCAUAGGCUGUGGGUGUGUGUAUAAAUGUAUAAUAUAGAUUUAUAUAUGUUGCUAUGGCUGUGUUGAAGGCCAACAUGAUGUGCAGACAGAUGGUGAGAGGACACUAAGCAGUCUCUCUGAUGGCUAUUAAAGCAAACUGUGUAUAAAGAACUUAGUUUCCUUUGCCUCUCGUUCUGUCCCAGUUCCCAGAACGAGGAUAUGCGAUAUGAAAGACAUGCUGCCAUCUUAUGUCCCCCAGUAUGUGCCCUGUCUCAGAGGGUCUGCCAGAGACCCCAAAGUGUGAACCCUCGUCCCCCCAUGAAUUCCACCUCAACAAGAUGAAAUAAACAGUCAUGAACCAGGAAAGGCCCCGCCCACAGAGAGAGGAAGGCGGUCUGUAGAGCAGCCACCGCACGCACGCUGUGAAAACUGCAGGUCUUCUAAAGAAGAGAGGCGUGAACACAUCUCUGAUAGAGAGGAGGGAACAUGGUUACAAACCAAGGAACAGUGCUCCACUGUAACAACCCUGAAGUUCAGUCUUCAAGGUUACAGGCUCCCCUGAGACAGCGGACAGAAAUGCUUCCAGCGGCCUCCAGCAGCUUGGAGCAGACAGUGGGACAGUUUAAGGAGACUGGUUGAAGCAGCCCGAACGAUCUACUGAUGGGAAAACACCACUUGCUACUAGAGAGGAUGAGGAAAAGGAGGAGGAAGAAGAAGAAGAGGAGGAAGAAGUCUGGAGGAGGAGU